AUGGAAGCAGAAAACCAAACAGUAGUCAUAGAGUUCAUCCUCCUCGGACUCUCCGAAGAUCUAGAGCUGCAGCCCAUCCUCUUCGGGCUGUUCCUGUCCAUGUACCUGGUCACGGUGCUGGGGAACCUCCUCAUCAUCCUGGCCGUCGGCUCCGACACCCACCUCCACACCCCCAUGUACUUCUUCCUCUCCAACCUGUCCUUUAUCGACGUCUGUUUCAGCACCAGCAUAAUCCCCAAGAUGCUCGUGGACAUCCAGACAGGGAGCAGAGCCAUCUCCUACAGGGACUGCCUCACUCAGGUGUAUUUUACCAUGUUUUUCCCCAUCCUGGACACCCUCCUCCUGACCGCGAUGGCCUAUGACCGGUUCGUGGCCAUCUGCCACCCCCUGCACUACACGGUCAUCAUGAACCCCCGCCUCUGCGCCCUGCUGGUUUUUGUCACCUGGUUCAUUGGCGUCAUGACGUCCCUUCUCCAUAUUUCUCUGACAACACGUCUGACCUUCUGCAAAGAUCUUGACAUUCCACAUUUUUUCUGUGAACUGACGCAGAUCCUCAAGUUGGCCUGCUCCGACACCUUCCUCCACAGCCUGCUGAUAUACAUUAUGACUGGCGUGCUGGGUGUUUUUCCCCUUCUUGGGAUCCUUGCGUCUUACUCGCGAAUUGCUUCGUCCAUAAGGAAGAUGUCCUCAUCGGGGGGGAAGCAAAAAGCCUUUUCCACCUGCGGGUCUCACCUGUCCGUCGUUUCUUUAUUUUAUGGGACGGGCGUUGGGGUCUAUUUCACUUCUGCGGUGACUCACUCCUCCCAGAAGAUCUCGGUGGCCUCGGUGAUGUACACGGUGGUCACCCCCAUGCUGAACCCCUUCAUCUACAGCCUGAGGAACAAGGAUAUGAAAGGGGCCCUGGGAAGACUGCUCGGCAAAGCAGCCUCCUGUCUGUGA